UUGCCGUAGCGAGACUUUAAUCAAAACACGGAAGUGUCAAGAUGCAACCUCGUUUGAAACUCCAUUUAUUCUAUUAAGAGUGUGCUGUUGAAAUUUACAUCGGGAUCGGGUUUCUAUGUGUUGCUCAACUAAGUAAUCGACGCUUUAAAAUCAAGGUGUAGUGUUGUUAAAGCGUGUGAUGCUGGUGAACUUGCUGUUUUGUGGCUAGUUGGCUGCGGAUUAAGGUCAGAUAUGUAGUGGAGCCAUAUGUAGUGUACGCGAUCAGACGGUUAGUUAAGCUUAGAAAACUAUUAACCAACGUUAAUAGUACUGAUACCAUUACUAUUACACCUCUUACUACUACUACUACUAUUACUAAUAAUAACAACACCACCGAUCCAUCAAUAUGAAGCUGAGUUCAUCAGUGUUCUCUGCAAUCUGUCUCAUUAUUGAGUUACUCGGCAUUGCCCUUUUCUUGAGAGGCUUUUUCCCAGUUCCAAUCAAGUCGUCUUUAUCAUCAAAGAGCAAAUUAUCGGAUCUGCCAGCAGAACCAGUAGUAGGAAGUAGCCCAAACUCAACCAAAGUGCCUCCUCCAUUAUUCAACAGAGUGGUCAUUGUGCUAAUAGAUGCUUUAAGAGACGACUUUGUCUUUGGGCCCAAUGGGAAGAGGUUCAUGCCCUACACCAGGAAUCUAGUGGAGAGUGGAUCAUCUCAUGGCUUCAUUGCUAAAGCCAGACCUCCGACUGUCACCAUGCCUAGAAUAAAGGCUCUUACAACAGGCAGCAUUCCUGGCUUCAUCGAUGUCGUAAUGAACCUGAACUCCCAGGCUCUUUUAGAGGACAACCUUCUCUGGCAGGCCAAGAACUCUGGCAAAAGGAUCAUCUUCUACGGUGAUGACACGUGGGUGCGGCUCUUCCCUAAGCACUUCUUAGAGUACGAUGGCACUACAUCUUUCUUUGUCUCCGACUACACUGAGGUGGACAACAAUGUGACCCGUCAUUUGGACAGCACCCUGAAGAGAGACGACUGGGACGUGCUGAUCCUGCAUUAUCUGGGCCUGGACCACAUUGGACACAUCAGCGGGCCUCACAGCUCUCUAAUCGGGCCCAAACUCCUGGAGAUGGACGAUGUGAUCAAAAAAAUACAUACCUCUGUUAUCACAACGGAGGUUGAGGGCAGGCUGCCUAAUUUGCUCGUGCUGUGUGGUGAUCACGGCAUGUCUGAGACAGGCAGCCACGGAGGAUCUUCAGAGCCGGAAGUCAACACUCCACUAGUGCUCAUCAGCCCCGCUUUCCCGAUGAAAGAGGGCAUGGGUGAGACACUCGUGGUGGAGCAAGUGGAUCUGACCCCUACCCUUGCGCUUGCUCUGGCACUGCCCAUCUCGCAGAACAGUGUGGGACGCCUGAUUCCGGCUGUGUUUGAGAAAGCCUCACUGAGGGAGCAGCUGCGUUACCUCCAUAUCAAUGGCCACCAGCUGAGUAACCUGCUUCGGGACAGCAACCCCAGCUUCCAUAAGGAGGAUGGUUACGAGCAGUUUCGGAUGGCAGAGAAAGCCCAUGGGAGCUGGAUGAAGCUAUAUGUAGAGGGAAAUACGUCUGAAGUGCUGAGCAACAUGGCGAAAAAGGUGUUUAAGCAGUACCUGGAGGCUCUGCAAGCCAUGAGCGCAGCCCUCAGCAAGCAGCUGGGCAAAUACGACAUGUACUCCAUGAUGGUUGGCAUGAGCCUCAUACUGCAGAUUCUGGUGCUGCUGUUGUUGGCCAUGCCGGAGGCUCUGAGCAGCGCUGCAUGUGUGGACGUUCCCCUGGCAACCACUUUCCUCUCUUUACCCUUCUACCUCCUCGUCCUGCUGGGUUUCUCUGUUCAUGUGCUGGUGUGCACUUCGUCCGAGGCCUCCUGCUACUUCUGCUCGCUGCCCUGGCUCCUGGCCUUUAUCUCCAUCGUCUUCUCCUCAGCCCUGUUUUGUUCUCUGGUGUCCAUGGCAGCCAGACGUGCACUCAAAGUCGAUAACAAGCAACCCAAGACCUCUUCCUCAGAAUGGACUCUGUCUGAACUGGACGUCCUGCUCCUGAUCGGCACACUCGGCCACACUCUCAGCUUGGCCUCCAGUAGCUUUGUAGAAGAGGAACACCAGACAUGGUACUUCCUGCUCAACACACUUUGCCUGGCCGUCUUCCAGGAUGUCUGCAGGAAGUAUUUCAGGGAAAAGAGACGCCCAGGUGAAGAAGAGGAGGAAAGUCUUCUCCUGCCUUCUACCAUGGAGGAAAAAUCUGCAUCUUUCUCUCCGGUGGCUGAGCUGGGGGUCAGUGCAGACUCAGAGAAGUGGUUAGCCUUGGCCACACCGCUCCUCACUCUGGCAUGCUGUCGAAUGCUCAGGUCACUAAACCAGACCGGGGUGCAGUGGGCACAUCUGCCUGACCUGAGCCACUGGCUCAACAGUGGAGAUCAUAAGGUGUUCCUGUCUCUGCUAUCUAUCCUCUCUCUGCUGCUGAUUUUCCUGUUGGUCCAGCGGCACUGUUCACUGGUGUCUAAGAUCGCCCUGGCGCUCGGCCUGCUGGGAGUUUACUGCUAUCGUGCUGCCGUUGGCAGCGUCCUGUUCCCAUGGCAACACUCAGCCCAAGCCAUGUCCAAGGGAACAGGUGAGGCACACUUCGUCUACAUUUUCGUCCUCGGGAUCCUCUUCACCGGAGUCAAGGACUUGCUGCGCUCUCAAAUGAUGUCAUCGGUGGCGGACGGCAGGCGUAUGAAGAGCAGGGGAUUAUGGGAGGUGUACAGUGGCAUGGUGCUGUUUGUGGCACUGCUGUUCCGGGCUCACAAUCUGCCCACGCUGGCAUGCUGCCUGCUCAUCCAGACCCUCAUGGCUCAGUUCAUCUGGAAGAGGCUGCAUUAUGACGCCGCCCAGACCACCAUCAUGCACUGCUGGUUUGGACAGGCUUUCUUCUAUUUCCAGGGGAACUCCAAUAACAUAGCGACGGUGGAUAUCUCAGUGGGCUUUGUGGGACUGGAGAGCUAUGUGGAGGCUCCUGCUGUCUUCCUCACAGCAUUUAGCACCUAUGCAGGUCCGCUGCUCUGGGCCUGCCAUCUGGUGUGUUACCUCAACUCAGAGAGAGACAGAGCGGUCUCUCUCGGCCACAGCAGCUACUGUUUCGCCCUCCUGCGCUCCAUCCCCGCUGUAUUCUAUAUAGUCCUGGUCACCGCACUGCGCUACCAUCUCUUCAUCUGGAGCGUUUUCUCCCCCAAGCUCCUGUACGAGGCCAUGCACACACUGAUCACCACGGCCGUGUGUCUCUUUUUCACCUUCAUGGAUCAGGAUCGUACACGUAGACCAUGAAACACCUCAGCAACAGCUCUUGAUUCCUCCAGAAGGAUCACACAGAUAUACACAGAGGACAGGAUCUGAUGGAGAGGCUUGUCACCUUGAAAGCAGGAGAACACUAAGAUGAAAACGAAGACAGGGGGAUAGGUGAAGGGAUGUUUGAGAUGUCACAGCAUUGCAACAGGAUUUUGGUGGGGUGUGUGUGUCUUUGUGUAGUGUGAAAAGACAGAGAUAGUGAUGGAUGAGGGUGAAGUGAAAUUUAAAGCAAUAUGUACUCAGUACUCAUAGGUACUACUCCUAAGUUCUGAUCCUAUAUUAUAAAAUACACACUCAAUUUCUCUGGAGGUUUUGUCUCGGGUUUACUUAGGAGAAGAUAAAUAAGGUCUGUUUCUAAUUUAUUUUUGUAUUGCACGUUUAAGAGGCUAUUUAUUGCGAUAUAAGGAAGCACCACAAAUGAGCUAAUACCAUCAGGGAGUUAAACACUUUCAGCCGUUUCGUUACCUGUGUUUGAAUGUAGUUUCGUUUUUCAAAACAAUUUUUACCCAUUUAAAUUAUAAACAUUGCAUUCAUAUAUUACCGCUCUUGAAAGGACUAAGGCCCCAUAGCUCUGAAAUCUAACUACAGCUAUUCAGAUUAUAAAAGUUUCAAAUUUGCUGUUUGACAUUCCGUGUAAUUUAUUAAUGCAAAGGUCCUUCAGCUGACAUGUAGAUCAGAUUACUUACAGAGCCAAUAAGUUAUCUCAUUUAGUCUCGUUCUCACAGUUCAGUCACCUCAACAAAUUAAAUUUAACCUCUUCUUUGAAAUUAACUACAUGUUAUAACAGUGUUAAAAGCAGGACUGAAUCAAUAUGCGCCCGUUUGUCUGCACUUUCAUCUAACUGCUCCGCACUCAAAUACCUGUGUACACACACACACACACACACACACACACACACACCACACACACAGCAACCUGCACUCAUUUUUAUCGACCAUGCUUGCUGACACUGCUCUGCUCACUCAGGUUGGAUGCCCUCAUGCUCUCUAUUAAAUUUACUGCUUAAACACUAGAAGUUGUUUUAUCAGCUUACUUGUAUUGCAGAAGGCUCUCUGCAAAUACAAAUAAAUGCUCACAGCAUUAGCCUUAUAACCGAAACCAGUAUCUGUACUGAUGCAUUCCUCUAUAUUUUAAUUUCUUCAAGCAUUUAAUUGUCGCUCUUAUCGAUCAGACAAGAUUAAUCCUAAUCAUUUUCUAUGCAUUCAUGGGAUCUGAUCUAUUACUGCUUUUUUUUUUUUUUUCUUUUUCCAUUUCCUUGGGGUUUUUCUUUUCUUUUCUUUUCGUUUUUUUAAUCAGGUCUUAUCAAACAGAAAAGGAGAUCAUGUUAAAGUCGUACAGGAACCUCUGAUAGUUCUAUAAAAACAAUACCUGACACUAUGAAGUCAAGUGGACGUUCUAAUUAAUACACGUUUAACCUUGAAGCUCUGAGGUGUAGUUAUGAAAGGGUCUUUUCUAAUCCCGCGCUACCUCUCCUGACCUUACUCCAGGCCUGCCGAUAGGCAUCAGUGGUAGGACAGUGUGUGAGGACCCUCACUCUGCUUAUCAGCUCUUUUCAGUAGCAGAGAGGUUGAUUUUCUAAUCGACUGCCCUGCCAAAUGGGCUGCACUCUCCAAGGAAUUGGGGAGCAGAACACACACACACACCUACACACACUGUAAGUGACUUUAGUUCCCCAUAUGACUUGUAGGACUCUGUCAGUUUAGAGGGUAAUGAGUUUAGGUGCUCAGUUCAAACACCUCUGCUUUUUUACACUGCGACAGGGUGUGAUACGGAUGAGGCGAGCCUUUAGGGUUGUUUUGUGUGUUCUGUAAGGGCUAAUGGAAUUGAAUAUAGUUUUUAUUAAGAGUAGACUGUGCACUCACACUGAUCUCACAUUCAGUAAAUAAUUACUUAAUUUUGUGUUGGAUGAUUGCAAGUAAUUUUCAUUUAAAGGUGCCAACAGCUAAGAUUUGUGAUUGCUAACCU